AUGAAAGUCCGCUCACAAUACUGUACCAUAUUAACCUUGGCACUUUUGUGUCAUUUCAGCACUGUCACCUGUCCAGAUAUUUAUAAAAAAUCGUUCGAUUUUUGUCACGACAGGGGAACCGAUGUAUUUCUUUUAUGUGGAGAGAAAUCAUACUCUCCGCCUCGUAAUACACGAUACAAACCUGAGGGUCACUUUAUUACUCUAAACAUUUGGGACACCUUCAAUUCCCGAGCGGUUAAGUUCAUAAGGGACGAUCGGAAGAACGCCGACAACUUCAUCGCUAGGUACCCUUACCUGUUUUACAGGAUCAAAAGCGGGGAUAGGGUUUUGUGGCGUUCCAAAGGCAAUAAAUAUGUUCACAAGUUAAAGGUAAUAUACACCGAAAAUGGUAAGUACCGAAUAAAGGUGGUUUUUGUUGAAUUCAAUCGUCGGUCUGGUCAAUUCACACCCCCUGGCCAUCCUAUUGUUAAUAUAAACAUUAAGCAUUGCCGCAGCACCGACGUUUUCAAGUACAAUAAUCGGGGCCACGUUCACAUUUUCACUGCCAGGAGGCCCUACCUCUUCAACACGGUCUUUAAUGGCAACAACGUUAUAUGGGCUCCCAGGACCUACGAGUAUCCUGACAUUGUCUUCGUUAAGUUCCGCACAUACGGGAACAACUUACUGCGAGUGUAUUUUCCCAGAGAAGCCGCCACUUACCUUGACUUAUCAAGGCAUCGACAUCGCAGACCUCUUGGUUACGAAUCCUUUGACGGCGGGGAGGACACUGUUCAAAAGCACAGGGACGAUGCUUACAAACUCUUACAGGACAUUAAAAUAAUCACUGAGGGCAGUUCGCAACAAAACGAUGUUACUAAAUUUGAUGUUUACAAAGUCGGCAAUACUGACGACUUCUACUUGUUUAAGUUUAAGGACGGCGUACAGUGUACUGAGGUCAAAUACGUUCACAAGAUGACGAACCCUCGCUCAGCUCAAAUUUUAACCGAGGAAAGGACUGUAUGGAAACACGGAUUGUUUGACAACGCCACUUAUCCCAGGGCCAUAUAUUCUCACGGGGUUUUCAAGUUCAUGUUCCUUGAGUUCAAUGAGAACUACUUUAUAUUUUAUCGCAAAUCUGCCUCCGGCAAGGAAUGGAAGCACGUGUUAUUGCAAAACGUCAGUACUCUAGACAUUUCUAGGGUGAAAAUUAUAACUUACAGUCGCCACUAUCGUGAUCUGACUGAACUGCCCCCUGAUCGGUAUCUGCUUUACAACCUGGGCUUCGCCUACCAGUUUGUCUUUAAAGACGAUGCUAGGUGUGAGCAGAUAAAGUUAAACGACGAGUUUUUGUACAUUCAUGACCGGAGUAGGGAAUAUCCCUUGUUUAUUUACCUUUUGUUCAACAAAUCGUGCGAAGUGGUCUAUCGUGACACUGCGCACUAUGUUUACGCAUAG